AUGAAAAAGCUCAUAAAGGAAGAAGCUCAACUGUAUUUAAAGCGCCUUAAAGAAAUAGAUGAAGAAUUGCAAUCAAUUCUGCUUGAGCCUAAUUUAACACAAGGUGGUGUUCUCUUAGAAGUUAUGGCUGGGGCUGGUGGACAGGAAGCUAUGCUGUUUGCAAAGGAGCUUUUUACUUUGUAUGAGUCAUAUGCUAAUUAUAAAAAUUGGCAGGUGGAUGUUGCUUCUAUUGAGGAAUCUGACAUCGGUGGGAUAAGGAAAGGUUCAAUGUUGAUAAACGGUGAGGGUGCUCCUGAGUUGAUGAGAAUGGAGGCAGGUGUGCACAGAGUCCAAAGGAUUCCUGUCACUGAAAAAGGCGGCCGUAUUCAUACAAGUACUGUGUCUGUUGCUGUGCUUCCACAGCCCACAGAUAUAGAACUGGAAAUACCUGAACGGGAUUUAGUAUUUGAAACUAAGAGAGCAAGUGGUGCAGGUGGUCAACAUGUUAACACUACUGACAGUGCUGUUCGUAUCAUCCAUACUCCUACAGGAACUGUUGUUGAGUGUCAAGAAGGUAGAUCUCAAAUAAAAAAUAAGCAGAUAGCUUUGCAGAAGUUAAGAACAUUAUUACUUCAGAAACAGAUUGAAGAACAAUCAUCAAAAAUAAAGUCAGAAAGGAAGACACAGAUUGGUUCCAUGAACAGAAAUGAGAAAAUAAGGACUUACAACUAUCCACAAGAUCGUGUUACAGAACAUAGAGAUGGUGGAGGGACACUCCAUAGCCUUAAGACAUUCAUGGAAGGCGGUGAGCAGUUGGAACAGUUACAAGUGUCACUAUUAAGGAAUCAGAGGUACCAAAUUGUUAUUGCCGAAAUUAAUGAUUUCAUAAAUCGCCAAAAAGAAAAAAAU